AUGGAUUCGAUUUUCUCAGAAAUCGACGAAAACGCCAGUAAAUCCAACAAAUUUUGGCAGAAAGUGAAAGACAUCUCUAGAACAUCAAAUGAUAUUGACCAAAACUCAGUUUUCGAAGGCUCGCUUAAACUCUGAAAUUCUGACCAUGAGUGGCUUGAAACCUUUUUUUCUUUGACCACUACUUGCAUUUAUUAUCAUGAAAAUGAUUGUCCCGUCAUGUUUUCUUCAAUCAGCUGGAAAACAGUUACACCUUUCUCAGAAGAAAAUGGAAAAGAAACCAGAUUUGGUUUCCGAAUCAGCUCAAGGAAUUAUUUUCAAGACUUUUAUACUGAAGAUGAAGAAGAACUGGAGAAAUGACUGAUACAUUUAGACGGAGUCUCGAUUUUAUCAGAUUUUGAAAAUGACUAUAGCAUUAUUAAGGAAAUUGGAAAAGGGAAUUAUGGAACUGUUUUUUUAGCUAUUGAAAAUUCAACCGGAGAUGAAUUUGCGGUUAAAUCAAUUUCUAAAGAAUUAAUAGCUAAGUCAAAAAGAGGGAUAUCAGCGAUCAGUAAUGAAAUAAAUACGAUGAGAAAGCUAAAUCAUCCGAACAUUAUUUCACUUUAUAAGGUUUAUGAGAGUGCAACUGAUAUUCAUAUGGUAUUUGAUUACGCGGCAGAUGGGAAUUUGAGAGAAAAAAUAGAAAAUAAUGGCCCCAUGAGUGAAGAUCAAGCUGCAAGUUUUUUGGAAAAUCUUCUUUUUGCCAUAAAUUACAUGCAUUCUCAAAAUAUUAUUCAUAGAGAUAUUAAGCUUGAAAAUAUUCAAAUUAGGUUGAAUUUAUCAUUAUUUUGUCUCAGUAUAGAAGCAUUUUAUAUAAAAAUAAUCAUUCAAUAAAGAAUAUUUUAUUUAUGUCAAAAGAAGAUCCAAAUGAUUUUAAAAUUUGUGAUUUUGGGCUUGCUUGCGAAUUAGAAGAAUUAAGCGGCUCAAGAUGCGGAACCCCUGGAUACAUUGCGCCUGAAAUCCUUAGAAAAGAAAAAUAUGACUUUAAAGCUGAUAUAUAUAGCGUAGGAAUUUUGCUAUAUCAUCUGCUUACAGGAAAAUCGCCGUUCACAGGCUCAAGUCUAGGUUCAAAAACUGUUGUUUUGAUUCAAAAUCGAAAUAAUACGAUUAAUUUCAAAGAGCAAAGGCUGAAAUCAAUAUCAAAACAGGGGAUAGACACCAUAAGAAAACUAACUUCAAAUAAUCCUGACAACAGGCCGAAUGCCCAAGAAGCAUUGGAAUUUCCUUGGAUUUCGAAAUCUGAGCAAGCUCCCAAAAAAAGCUCAGUCUCUUUAUUUUUCAAAAUGUCUCAAAAAAUGAAGCCUCUAUCUCAAGGCGUGCAAUCUCAGCCUUCUCAAAAUAAAUUUGCAAAUCUCUUUUCAAGGCUCAAAACUCUAGUUACUUAA